GUCUCACUAUCAUCGCUUUCUCCUAUAGGAUCAACGCAUUUAUUUUGAUUGCUCUUAAAUUUGUUAUUAAACUAAACCAUUAUAAUCUUAAUCUACUCUUUUAUUAUAUUCCUCCUUAUUUUCGUUUUCGUUCGUUCCUCCAAUGGUUUUGGGCUUCAAACUUUGAAUUUGAAAAAACCACGAAGAAAGUAUCGAUUUUGAAUGGAGGAAGGGUACCCCACAAGCAAGUUUAAGACGGUGUGUGUCUUCUGCGGCAGCAACUCCGGCAACCGUGAAGUCUUCAGCGACGCUGCGAUUCAAUUAGGCAAUGAACUGGUUAAGCGGAAUAUAGACUUGGUGUAUGGUGGGGGCAGUGUUGGAUUAAUGGGCUUAAUAUCUCAGAGGGUGUAUGAUGGAGGAUGCCAUGUUCUAGGGAUCAUUCCAAAAGCUCUAAUGCCUCUUGAGAUAUCAGGUGAAACAGUGGGUGAAGUAAGAAUUGUUUCUGAUAUGCAUGAGCGUAAAGCUGCAAUGUCUCAAGAAGCUGAUGCAUUUGUUGCUCUCCCUGGAGGAUAUGGAACCAUGGAAGAGCUGUUGGAAAUGAUAACUUGGGCCCAACUUGGGAUUCAUAAAAAACCGGUUGGUCUACUGAAUGUUGAUGGUUACUAUAACUGUUUGCUUGCACUAUUUGACAAUGGUGUUAAAGAAGGAUUCAUUAAGCCGGGUGCGCGAAAUAUAGUUGUUUCUGCUCCAUCAGCCAAAGAACUUAUGAUGAAGAUGGAGCAAUAUACUCCUUCACAUGAGCAUGUUGCCCCUCAUGAGAGCUGGGAGAUGAAGCAAUUAGGUAAUUAUCCAGGACAAGAAAACUCAGAGUGAAAGGUUUAAUCAUUGUUAUUAAUGAUGGAAACUGUAAAGGGUUUUUCUCCAAAAUUGAUUUGUGAUGUGAUUCUUCAUCAUUUAAGGUGUAUACAACAGAUGGGGCCAUAAAUAUUGCUAUGUUACUAUAUGCACUAAUUUGGUUUCUCUUC